GCCAAGGGAAGGGAGGUUGCCCUGGCGAGGCUGCAGCUCAAUGGGUGGGGCGGGCUUGGCACUUUCUGUGCCGGCUCCUCGCUUGGACGGGCAAGCGAAGGGCGGCGCUGCCUGCCACGGCUAUCCUCAGCGGCUUUCCUUCUCAGUACAGCCCCGCCCCGAGGGAGCCGAGCCCCCCAAAACACCUCCCUGGGUCGACAUUCUAGCAGCAUCUGCAUCGAUCUGUCUUGUCACAUCCCGACGGCUGCCUUUAACCGGGCCAACCCCUCUUUAGGGGCAGCAGCGAGACUAGCCCUUUAGCCGAGUAGGCAACGCGGCGCAAAGCGCUGGCUUCUGCUCUGCUUGACAAGUACUGGGAGAAGAGCCUACCUCCCGGGAGUCGAGGUGCCUUGUGCGGGCAUGCAGCUGGGAAAUGCCGAGAUCCGGGCUGGAGACCGGCUAACCGGGGCUGCUGCCCGGGGGGAUAUAGCUGAGGUCCGACACCUUCUGCAUCUGGAGCUGGUGCAUCCUGAUUCCCAUAAUCGCUUUGGCAAGACUGCGCUGCAGGUAAUGAUGUUUGGCAAUAUCUUUGUGGCUGAAGAACUGCUGAAGCAAGGUGCCAACCCUAACAUUCAAGAUGGAUCUGGCACAACACCUGCUCAUGAUGCUGCCCGCACUGGCUUUCUUGAUACCUUGAAAAUCCUGGUGGAGCAUGGUGCAGAUGUCAAUGUCCCAGAUGCUUCUGGCUCACUGCCCAUCCAUGUUGCUAUUCGAGAAGGUCACACAGAUGUGGUUUGCUUCCUGGCACCUCAAUCCCAACUGCAGCAUAAGGACUAUAAGGGGCGAACACCACUGGAGCUAGCAGAGCAUCUUGGGCUUUCACACAUCCAGUGCAUCCUUGAGCAGCACCUCUUUGUCCCAGCUUAAUUUCAGAAAGAGCCCUCUGGUCUGGACCAAGCUAACUCUCCUCUGCCUGCUAGAGGAGACUGUCCUUUUUCCCCCCAAAGCCCCAGAACAAAGAUAGUUCCUCUUGCCCUACCUCAAAAUGUGCAUUGAAUUAUUUGUUUCUAUUUAUACAUAUUGUAUGAGUUCUCCUCUGUACUACUGAUUUCCAGCUUUUUCCAAAUGUGCCAGUUCCUUGGAAAUCACAUUGCACUGCAGCAUUUCUGCUUGACUUUUUCUAGUACCACCCUCUUGCGUUUCUUCCCUUGAAUUGGUCUCUAAAAUUAGAUGUAUUUUUGGGUACCAUUCAGGUUGAACAGAUUAGGCUCUUUUUGAGAGAAAGCCUACAUUUGCUGCUAGACUGGGACCUCCUUCCAUUCCCACCUAUCCCAAAAUUUCAGCAGUCUUAUGAUGUUUGAUAUUUUCCUUUUGAAGUAUAAUUCUGUCUCCCUCUUCUAUUAUAUGGAAGGAUUUAGCAAUUCUCUGAAGCAUUGCACUAGGUUCCUAACAAGAAUUAUCAUAGUGGUUAUCAUUCUAGAGCACCAACAGUAAAUAUAUUAAAUGGUGAUUGACAGAAAACUAGCCUUGAAUGGAAAACAUGACUAGGAUUUUUUUCUUCUUGGUGGACAAGAUAUUUGUUCACAUUUCUUUGUCAAAUGCAGGAUCCAGAACUCUACAAGGUCUAAUUGUGCAGGAGUCUAACUCUGUUUUUUUUUUUUUUAAAGUUUUCGCCAUUUUGUGCUCUUCCUAGUUUCUAUCUCAGGAGAACUUAUAACUCCUGAGCCAUUAGUAGUUGUUUCCCUCUUGGCAUUUUGGUGGUUGGCCCACGUUUUACGCACUUCUAAAGUGUGCUGAAUCUUUAUCUUUAGCUAAAGUGUUCAAGGCUUGUUUUGAAGGCUUGUUCCCUGUAAUGAAUUUGUGGAUGCAAGCAAUGUAUAUAGUAAGUUUUAAAGGAGGAAAAAUGUAUUUCUAUUUAUUAUGAUUUGCAAGGGUGCAUUUUAUGGAAUGACUAAUUUAAUUAUUAAAACAUUAAAUCUA